GGGGCGUGUCUUAAAGGGGGGAUCGCUGAUGCACCUUGUGGCGUUCCACGAGCCAGCAGCAGAUGCGACCAGUUGGACCUUCUGGUGAAAGUAGACUCCAUGGUAACAGCGAUGGCAGAAUGCGAAACACGUCAGAGACUGGUGCGCACCGUCAAGAAGGAGGUGAAGCAGAUUAUGGAGGAGGCUGUCACGCGAAAGUUUGUCCAUGAAGACAGCAGUCAUAUUGUUUCGUUCUGUGCGGCGGUGGAGGCGUGCGUCCUGCACGGGCUGAAGCGACGCGCGGCUGGCUUCCUGCGCAGCAACAAGGUGGCUGCGCUCUUCACCAAGGUGGGCAAGAGCUUCGCCCCUGCCCACGACCUCUGCAGGAAGACCCAGGAGCUGGAGCAGCUCGUGGAGACCAAGAGAACCCAGAGCCUGCAGAGCCAGGACGGCUUGAGGCGGUUGACCCGGCUGCCCAGCCUGACCCCCCACUCCUCCAAAAACCUGUGGAUCCGCACCGCCCUGUUUGAGAAGGUUCUGGACAAGAUCGUGGUCUACCUUGUGGAGAACAGUAGUAAAUUCUACGAGAAAGAGGCUGUUCUCAUGGACCCAGUGGAUGGGCCCAUCCUCGCUUCUCUGCUGGUGGGGCCGUGCGCACUGGAGUACACCAAGAUGAAGACGGCCGACCACUUCUGGACGGACCCGUCAGCAGACGAGCUGGUGCAGAGACACCGCAUCCACGGAGGCCACUGCCGACAGGACUCCCCCAGCAAGAGGCCCGCUCUGUGUUUCCAGAAGAGGCACUCCAGCAGCAGCGUGGACGAGCGGCCCUCCCCCUCGCCGUCCGCCCGCGACUACGUUGAGUCCCUGCACCAGAACAACAGAGCCAUCCUGCUGUUUGGGAAGAACAACGUCCUGGUCCAGCCGAGAGACGACAUGGAGGCCGUUCCAGGGUACCUCUCUCUACACCAGACCGCCGAGGUCAUGACCUUGAAGUGGACGCCCAACCAGCUAAUGAACGGAUCUGUGGGAGACCUGGACUAUGAGCACAGUGUGUACUGGGACUACGCUAUGACCAUUCUGCUGCAGGAGAUUGUCUACCUGCACUGCCAUCAACAGGUGGACAGUGGGGGCACGGUGGUGCUUGUGAGCCAGGACGGCAUCCAGAGACCCCCGCUGCGCUUCCCUAAAGGAGGCCACCUGCUGCAGUUCCUCUCCUGCCUGGAGACCGGCCUGCUGCCCCACGGCCAGCUGGACCCCCCUCUCUGGUCCCAGAGGGGAAAGGGGAAGGUGUUUCCUAAGCUCCGGAACCGGGUCGCUCCCGUAUCGGGAUCAUCAGAGUCGGUGUCCGACAAGGAGGAGGACGAGGCCACAGACUACGUCUUCCGCAUCCUGUUUCCCAACAGCCAAUCAGAGUUUGUGAACCCCCCAGACCUGAUGGAGCAGGGUGCUCCGCUGUGGCAGCCCACCCUGAGGAAGUCUUCCUGCUCGUCCUGCUCCCCCCGGAGUCUGUCGGAGGGGGCCCCGCCCGACGGCUGCAACCACGAGCGGGCCCCUCUCAAGCUGCUGUGUGACAACAUGAAGAACCAGAUCAUUUCCCGGGCGUUUUACGGCUGGCUGGCGUACUGCCGCCACCUGUCCACGGUGAGGACACACCUCUCGGCGCUGGUGAACCCCGCCAUCGUGGAGCCCGACGCGCCCGCCGACGCCAACGCCGGCCUGACCCCCCGCGUGUGGCGCCUCUUCCUGCAGGACCGCACCGCCUAUGAGGAGAAGGAGCUGCUCCGAUUGGUCUACUUUGGGGGUGUGGAGCCGUCGCUGAGGAAGGAGGUGUGGCCUUUCCUCCUGGGUCACUACCAGUUUUCAAUGUCCGAACCUGAAAGGAAGGAGGUGGACGACCAGGUGAAGGCGGGCUACCAGCGGACCAUGGGCGAGUGGCUGGGCUGCGAGGCCAUCGUGCGCGAGCGGGAGAAGGAGCAGCACGCGGCCGCCAUCGCCAAGUGCUCCGGGGCCAGCGUGGACAGCUCCAGCCAGCCGCUUGUGCACCGCGACUCCACCCUCAGCAACGAGUCUUCCCAGAGCUGCAGCUCUGACCAGCAGAGUCUGGCCCGUCUGCAGAGUGACUCCAGCAGCAGCACCCAGGUCUUUGAGUCGGUGGAAGAGGUGGACCAGAUCGAGGCCGAGGCGGAGACCAAGGGCCCCGGGGCCAAGCAGGCCCCCCGGGUCCCCAACGGGGUGCUCCAGAACGGGGUCAGCUCCCCCGACUCCGGGCACCCGUCCUCCCGCAACUUCUCCGUCACCUCGGGCCUGUCGGACGUCUCCUUCAGCGCCGAGGACAGCGCCUGCGCGCCCGACCAGGGGCCCCGGGCCCGGGCGGAAGGGGAAGGGGAGCAGCCGGGGGCGGCCGGGGCCGAGCAGGCUCCAGACAGACACACGGACACAGUGGAGGGGGAGGACCAAGAGCCCACGCCGCCAAAGGACGCCGCCCAGUCCGAGGCCGCGGCCACCCAAGUGCCUCAGGGGGACACCGACGGGAACGCAGAAGGAGAAGAAGGCGCCGGGCCAGAACAGACGCGGGAGUUCAAAUCCAAAGAGGCAAAGGCCAGCUGGGCACCGCGAGAGCUGGUGUCCACCGAGGGAGACGGGGUCGUCGCAGGGGGCGAGACGGAGGAGGCGGAGAUCCCUGCUGCACUCAAGAGCCUCCUCCUGACCGGGCCGCGCCCAGCGGAGGCCUACCGCCCCGCCCGGGGGCCCCGGGCUCCCAGCGACUCGGAGUCCGAGUCCCCGUCGGCCAUCGAGAUGGAGGACAUCCCCAAAGGCAGCGUGUCCACGGGGCCGUGGGACGGGAAGGGCCGGUGUGAGGGCUGGUCCUCCUCAGGGGAGCUGCGGGGGGAGGCCGGGCCAGAGGGAGCCCGGUCCACCCUGUCUGAAGAGCCCCAGAUGGAGAGCCUCUACCCCCCCUGCGACCCCCCUGCCGAGCCCAAGGGGGCCGAGGAUGAAGUGUCCUCCCCGGUCGAGUCCAAGCCCGCCUACUCCCAGGAGCUCCUGGACCUGUACACACUGAACCUGCACCGCAUCGACAAGGACGUGCAGCGCUGCGACCGCAACUACAUUUACUUCAGCCCCGCCAACCUGGACAAGCUGCGCAACAUCAUGUGCAGUUAUAUCUGGCGCCACCUGGAGGUGGGCUACGUGCAGGGCAUGUGUGACCUGCUGGCUCCUCUCCUGGUCAUCCUGGACGACGAGGCCAUGGCCUUCAGCUGCUUCACCCAGCUCAUGAAGAGGAUGAAUCACAACUUCCCACACGGAGGCGCGAUGGACACACAUUUCGCCAACAUGCGUUCCCUCAUCCAGAUCCUGGACUCUGAGCUCUUUGAGCUGAUGCACCAGAACGGGGACUACACCCACUUCUACUUCUGCUACCGCUGGUUCCUGCUGGACUUCAAGAGAGAGCUGGUGUACGACGAUGUGUUUUCCGUGUGGGAGACCAUCUGGGUGGCCAAGUACGCGUCCUCGGGUCACUUCGUCCUGUUCAUCGCCCUGGCGCUUGUGGAGAUCUACCGGGACAUCAUUCUGGAGAACAACAUGGACUUCACCGACAUCAUCAAGUUCUUCAAUGAAAUGGCCGAGCACCACAACAUCAAGCAGGUCCUGCCCCUGGCCCGAGAGCUCGUGUGUAAGGUUCAGAUGCUCAUUGAAAACAAGUGAAACUCCUUUCCUCCUUGAUGUUACGUAUUAGCUUUUGCAGCAACAGAGCAAUUUAAAGUCGCAAUGUGUAAGAUUGAGCUCUUCCCAGUAAGUAGGCAGGAGUCUUUCAGAAUAAAAACAAACUCCAUAACAGUUUUCGGUUCACGCUUUCGUUAACUGGCUCUGCAACUGUCUGAUGCGCCCCAGCGUUGCUCGGCUGGCCGGGGGUGGGGGGGGGGCUUUGGGAGAUUCGAUAAUCAGAUUAGACACGCCCCGUUGUUUACAAGAAAACAUGUUAUAGUAAACAAAGACAGAGGUACGGGUUUGGCCAGCUAUAUCUACUACAUUAUCGAAAUCACUAUUGAUCAGCAUUGACAAGGUAAUUUGAAAUUUGAAGCUAGUUUAAAUGUUACUUAUUGCAACUUUAAUGAGAUGCCACACAAGCACACACAUGCAAGAACGCACACACACCCACCAACACACACACACAGACCCAACCACCCAAACACACACACACACACACACACACACACAUACAUACAUACAUACAUACACACAAAUAAACACACAUAUACACAUACAGAAACACACACAGUAUACAGUCAGGUUUCUCCUGUAUGUGAUGUCAGCUGGUGUAUAAAGGUGUAAUUCUUCUGUCGCUAAUUCUAGAUCCAAAUAUCUUUUGUCUGAAAAAUGUUGUCUGUUGAGUGUCGAUGUUUACCUUAGUAAAUUAUAUUUUUUCUUUUAAAUAAUUAGAGUUUUGGUUGCACAUUUUUGAACCAAAUGGAUACUUGUCAACUAAUGUCUUUAUUAAUGAAGAAAACUGUACAUGAUUCAAAUAUGUAUUGAGAACUAUUUUAAUAUAAGGUACUGAAGAAGAAGUUUUACUAAAUCACCAGAUUAUCCUAAUUAUAGGUGAGACCUGCAGACACUGUUUCAAUGACCACAUAAUUUCUAUAUUUCAGAACCCAUUUCAUCUUAAAUACAGACAUAGUUAAAAUAACCCCAUUCCUGUGGUUAUGAUCCAGUGCAGAGAGAUCCUGUGCGUCCUAUUUAAAGCUGCAGUUUGUACCUUUUCCACUGCAGUCGUGACUUCUGGUUAUAAUGCUAGCAAUGUUGAAAGAGUGACAUGGUAAGGUUGUAUUAACAUACAGUAACUACUGAUACUCUGUGUUCUCAUUGUGCCCCCACUCUUGCCUAUCACCAAUAAUAUGUCUGUGUAUGUUGUGUGUGAAUUGGAUUGUAACCCCCCCCCCCCACCCAAAAAAAAGAAUAGAAAAUUAGGUUAUGAGGAUGACAGGAACUAAAGUUAUGACCCAUAGAUAACUACAUUGAUAUCAAAGUGAAUUAGUCAUCUCUGUACAGAGCUAUUAGGAGGACAUUUUGACAGCUCUAUUAUUUUGUCAUUUUUAUUCAACAUCAGGGCAAUCAUUUUAUGACGUUUCUAUUGUAGUGCUGCUGGCAUCCUUUGUGACUUUAAUUCAGUGUUUCCCUACAUGCAUCCAGCAGUGGCCCAGCACAGCGGCUGGACUACUAGCAACACAGCAGUCAACCCUGCAUUUGUUUUUAUUAGAAAUUAUGUUGGGAGCCCCAAAUGCAAUUUGCUUUAUUUAAUAUCAUGGGUGCCCCCAACUGCACCCUGCUCAAUCGUUACAUCCUCAUUAUUGGCAUUGGUGGAAAAUACUGAUGGCAAAAUAGUAUUCUAGGAGCUAGAAGAAGAAAAAAUGCAUGAUGACACUAAUGGUGGAAUUAUCGUAGGAAUGGACAUAGACUAAAAGUAGGUUUUAAUAAUAAGUAGCCUCCAUAUAAGAUUGUAUAAAACAGAAGCAACAGUAUUAUGAAACCCAGAAGGAGGGAUGGCUACAAGUUGCUAACUUAAAACUGUAUUUGAUUAUAUAAUGCCAAAAGAAUGUGGUUGUGCGCAUGGUGCACUUGCAUGCUUUCCUAGUAGGUUACAUUUUGAGCAAAACACAUGAGAUGGUGGCUGUUGGAAUGCAGCCCAGCACUACUGGCUCCAUCGGGGAUCCAUAAAGCUCUGUGGGCCCGACCACACGACGUAGUGCAACUACAGAAACCAGAGCACUGCUGCUGGAAACAUCGUAAAGGAAACACUGCAUUUCAUUCAUUUAUAUAGUUAUUAUUAUUAUAUUAUAUUAUUAUAAUUGUGUGAUUAUUAUUAUUGUUAUCGGCAUACACAGUAAAUGUGGGAACUAGAUGAGAAGGACUGAAAUCAUGUUGUCUCAGAUAACUUAUGAUGACACUAUUUUUCUUAUCACAGAUAUUACAAAAGAAACAUGUGAAAUAUCAGAGAACCAUGAAGAGAACUAUUUGCAAAAAUGUAAUGUGUACACGUUGACCACGGUUGAUUGGCAGGUGGUUUCCUCUGCACAUUACACAUAGGCCAAACUUGUUUUUAAAGCUAAGAACAGAAACCUUAAACAAAAAGACAGAAGAUGGGAUGCUGCUAUGGUUAAGGGCGAGUGCCUUCCCACUGAAGUAGCUUUUUUAAAUGAAAUGUAGACGUGCUUUCCACUCUUUAACGGCUGAUGUAACGUUGAGGAAUAUUUAUAGUCUAGCCACAAGUCGUUUAUUGUGUCAAGUGUUGUUUUCAUGAAUGUGAUGAGAUUAAUUGCGUUUAAUAUCGGUGGUUCCUUCCAAAAAGGCAUUUCUUUUGUAAAAUGAAAUGAUUUGCUAACAUGUUUAUUUAUUCAUUCAACUGCUGCUUUUGUUUGUAAAACUAUAACCUUGCUGGUGUUUAGUUCUGAAUGUUUGUGGUAAAACAAAUUAUAUUUAAAAUGGCAUAUUAAAUGGUAUAUGUUUUUAUAAAA